AUCUCCGAUUUCCAUUUCUUUCUUUUAUUUCUUCUCUCUCCAUUGAGCAAUCUCCCAUGACGUUGUUCAGAUAACCAUCGGAGAGAUUUUUUUUUUGUAAUUUUGUAAUCCUUUUUUCUUACAAUUCUUCUAUAGAGGGAAAUAUAAUGGAUGGGAGUGCUUUGGAUGAUUUGAUCGAGAGGCUACUCGAAGGUAAGAAGAACAAAGAGAGUGGCAAGAAGAUUCUGCUCAGCGAGGCCGAGAUUCGCCAUGUCUGUGUUACUGCGAAAGAAAUCUUUCUGCGCCAACCCGUCCUCCUCGAAUUGGAGGCACCCGUCAAUGUCUGUGGUGAUAUCCAUGGCCAGUUCUCUGAUCUCCUCCGACUAUUUGAAUAUGGUGGCUUCCCUCCACACUCCAACUACCUCUUCCUUGGCGACUAUGUCGACCGUGGGAAGCAGAGCAUUGAGACGAUCUGCCUCCUCCUCUCCUACAAGAUCAAAUACCCUGACAACUUCUUCCUCCUUCGAGGAAACCAUGAAUGUGCUUCGAUUAAUCGGAUUUACGGCUUCUAUGAUGAAUGCAAGCGUCGUUUCAGUGUUAGGCUUUGGAAGCUCUUUACUGAUUGUUUCAACUGCCUCCCAGUAGCUGCUGUCAUUGAUGACAAGAUAUUUUGUAUGCAUGGAGGGCUCUCACCAGAAUUGCAGCACUUGGAUCAGAUAAGGCAGAUUGAGAGGCCAGUGGAUGUGCCGGAUCAAGGAUUGUUGUGUGACUUAUUAUGGUCGGAUCCCGACGGAGAAAUUAAAGGAUGGGGAGAGAAUGAUCGAGGUGUUUCAUAUACUUUUGGGGUUGAUAAAGUGUCCGAGUUCUUGAAAAAGCAUGAUCUUGAUCUUAUUUGUCGUGCACAUCAAGUUGUGGAAGAUGGAUAUGAAUUCUUUGCAGAUAGGCAAUUGGUGACAAUAUUCUCAGCUCCAAACUACUGUGGGGAGUUCAAUAAUGCUGGUGCACUGAUGUGUGUAGAUGUGAGUUUGCUUUGCUCUUUUCAGAUCCUCAAGCCUUACAGAGGGAAGGUAGGAGGGCAGCUGGAUUAAAAGCACUGAUCAUCACAGCAGAGGUAGCGAGUUUUAGGCUUAAAACACGAGAAAGGGAGGAUGACAAAGUUGCUUGCAUUUGUUUUGUUUUCACUUUACUUUACCAAAGGAUUAUUUUGCUACUCCGUUUUGCAGCAGAUUAUUUAUGCUCUCUGUUGCAUAAAUUCUUCAAUCUGUAUCUGUAUAUAUAUACAUAAGGAAUUUAUCGCAUUCAUACACU